AGUAAUAGCAGUCUCUGAAUCUCCAGUUUCACACCCUCUAAACCAUCACCGCGCGCCACCAAACGUCCAACUUCACCGGAGUUUACAUCAUCAAAUUUCCGAAUGGGCUUUUCAAUCCUUGAUUGAAUAUCCCAAAAUCGCGAAUAGCAAAUUUGAGCUUUGUAGUAUUCCAAUCUCUGUGUUCCACCACACCCACAUCCCAAUUUUCCAGACCCAAAAACGACAACAACAACAAUAAAUGGGCAUUAAAGAAGCAUCAAGCAGCAGUACAGCGAGUCUCUUGAUUCGUCACCUCCCAGAAGCCAUACCUGAAGAGACCCUCUUCCGCUUAUUCUCCCACUACGGCGCUUCUUCCGUCCGCUCUUGCUCUCCCACCGCCCGGCUCAGAAACUGCGCCUUUGUCGAUUUCCAGAACCAAGGCCUGGCUUACCAAGCACUUCGCCAGCUGAAUGGGCUGAGGUUUCUUGGGAAGGUGUUGAAAGUGGAGAGGGCUACUAGCAAUAGUGACAAGACAUUGCCCGAUGGCAACAAGGAUCCGCUGUCUGUGCCACCCGCUUCCACAUUGUCUUCCUUGAAAAAAGAGAGUGGAGAAGCUGACGCUGCGAGAGCGGAGCCUAUAGCCCCGAGGCUUGGGGUGGAUUACUGCUUUCCUCCUCACCUUGAAUAUGCUUACCCACCACCAGAUGGGAAUAUCCUGACCAACAUUGUAAAUGCUCUUAUUGCUGUUCCUCGCUUUUAUACUCAGGUUUUGCACUUGAUGAACAAAAUGAAUAUUCCAGCUCCAUUUCGCAUGGCUCUUCCCUCUCCACCUCUACCACCUGCAGCUCCUGUGCCCCCACCUGCCCCUCCUCUUGCUGAAAAGCCUCCAUUAGCAGAUAUAUCAAGUGACGAGUCCGAAAUGGAUCUUCAGAUGAGAGGAGCUUUAAGAGGAAAGAAGCGUGUCAGGCGGGAAUCUAUUCUUGGUCCUGCAGUUGAUAAAGGUGUAGCACAUGAAGAUGUUGGAUUGAAACAAGCUAUUCUAGUCCCAAAAGAGAUGCCGAUGAUAAAGAAGAAGAAUCCUCUGCUACAUAUAGCAAUUACCCAGAAAGUUGUUCACAAUGAGCAUAAAGAUGAUAGCACCACCAAAGAAGAAAAGCUUCCAGAAACUGAGAGUUCAGUCAUCAACCCUUUUGCAACUCCUGAAGAACUAGAAAGAGGGAAGUUGCCUCCAGAAGAAAUAUUAUCGCUUCCAAUGUUUAAGAACUAUACCACUGGGACUGCUGCCCCUGUGUUGUAUAUAAAGAACUUGGCAAAGGACAUUGUUGUUGAUGACUUCUACUACAUAUUUGGGUCAUUAUUUGGAAGCGCUGAUGCAGCCAAAUCUGGUCUCAGUGUGAAGCUAAUGCAGGAAGGGAGAAUGAGGGGCCAAGCUUUCGUGACAUUUCCUUCAGUUGAGCAAAGCCAAUAUGCUUUGAAUCUAGUAAAUGGGUAUGUGUUCAGAGGAAAACCAAUGAUCAUCCAGUUUGGCCGUAAUCCAGCAGCUGCUAAAGCAACUUAAGUAGACAGACUAUCAGGGGAAUUUCUAUAGGAAUCAUCAAGCAAGAAUAUGGAAUGCGCUGGGCAAGAGGAAUUUCUAAGAUAUUCCAUGGAGCAAAAGUGGACUUAGAGCUGGUGCUGGCUGGGGGAUACAUGCCCAGAUGGUCCCAAGAAGGCAUUCCUGCAUCAGCGAACAGGUUUGGCAUCCAGGGUUUCUCACUGGUUCCAUGCUGUCUCCAAAGUCUGGGUGCUGGCUGGCUGACUUAAGGGGUUGUACCUGAAGCUGCAAAACUUAGGCAUCCCAAGUUAUUUGUACUUGUGGAGUUUCUGAUGCAGGGUACCAGUUGUCAGUUCUUAUAAUCUGUCCUUUUGAAGAUUCUUUUCCACAUUAUAUUUGGUAGGAAAUUGAGAUCACUUAUUGAAAGAAGUAUCGCUUUUAAUGGCGAAAGAAAUAUCAAAUAUGUCAUGGGGAUUGUAAUCUGCGCCACCUUUUUAAGUUAGCUGCCAGAAACACCAGUCUCGGUGAAUGUGACCUUUGCCAAUCCAUCAGUACUCAAUGAUCGAUUAAC